CCUGAUUUCAAGCCAUUGCGUGGAAUUUGCGUGCUCAGCUGACGCUUGCGCGGCGGCGCGCGGACACAAGCUCGCUUCCUCCGCCGGCGUCGCCCGCGGGGCAGCCGAGAGGAGCCGAGCGGCCUUCUAAAAUGUGCAUCUGCUUCUUCGACGAUGGGCCCAUCGACAAGGACCCGCGCGCGAACCGCGGGAACAUGUUCAAGGUGGGCAUGAAGGACGCGCCCUGCAAGGACCCGGCGAUCUGCUGCGCCGGCUUCCUCUGCAACCCCUGCGUGGGCUUCUACAUGCGCAAGAAGGUGCUGGGCGGCAACCUGGACCUCUACAUGUGCUGCCAGGGCUACUACGACGGCCUCUGCUGCGGCCACCCGAAGGCCGGGUCCUACGGCGACACGGGCAACCCCGCGUGCAUGGCCUGCGAGAUGUGCUGCUGCCCGGGCUGGGCGACGUCGGCGACGCGCCAGUACGUCAUGGACCAGUACGACCUCGCGAGCGACCCCUGCGACCGCCAGAUCAUCCGCUUCAACAACUUCAUGCAGCUGCUCAGCUGCAUCUGCUACACGCUCGCCAUCAUCGAGCCGUCGUGCCGCGACCUCGCCGACCUCGUGGGCUGCAUCGCGGACCUCGUCUUCUACGCCACGGCGGCCUGCAUGUUCGCCCAGGUCAACUACGAGCUCACGGAGCGCGAGAAGGGCGGCACGCUCGGCGCGCCGCGCGGCGGCGGCCAGGCCAUGACCGCGCCCAAGCACCUCCAGAUGGCCAGCCGGGGCGAGGCCUACCCGGCGGCGGCGCCGGUGCAGGGGCAGUACAUGCAGCAGCCGCGCACGUUCCCCGUGGUCAUCCCCCAGGGCGCCUACGCCGGGUCGCAGUUGACCGUCACGGCGCCGGACGGCCGGCAGAUGGCGUUCGUCGUGCCGCCCGGCUCCGCGCCGGGCCAGCAGGUCCUUUGCCCGUACUGAG